GAUUUCUUCCAGUAGUGAACGGCAGCAGCUGGCGCCGGCUGGGCGAGCCGCUGUGUCUGUGUGAGGGAGGACUUGCCCCAAAAGAUGGUUGGGAAACUCAGGCAGAACUUGCUGCUGGCCUGCCUGGUCGUCAGUUCGGCAACGGUCUUCUACCUGGGGCAGCACGCCAUGGAAUGCCACCACCGCAUCGAGGAGUGGGGCCCGCCGGCCCGGCCGGAAGCCGCCCGAGCGACCCCGAGAGUGGGCCCAGCCUGGAAGGAGAACGCCACCUUGGCUUACCACAAAGACAUGCCUCUGAUCUUCAUCGGGGGGGUUCCGCGGAGCGGCACCACGCUGAUGCGGGCGAUGUUGGACGCCCACCCGGACGUUCGAUGUGGGGAGGAGACCCGGGUGAUCCCGCGUAUCCUGGCCGUCAAGCAGAUGUGGGCCCGCUCGAGCAAGGAGAAGAUGCGGCUGGACGAGGCCGGGGUCACGGACGAGGUCUUGGACUCGGCCAUGCAAGCCUUCUUGCUGGAGAUCAUCGUCAAGCACGGAGAGCCCGCGCCGUUCCUGUGCAACAAGGACCCCUUUGCCCUCAAGUCCCUCGCGUACCUGGCCCGCAUCUUCCCCAAUGCCAGGUUCAUCCUGAUGGUGCGGGACGGCCGGGCCUCGGUGCAUUCCAUGAUCUCCAGGAAGGUCACCAUCGCCGGCUUCGACCUGAACAGCUACAGGGACUGCCUGACCAAGUGGAACCGCGCCAUCGAGACCAUGUACAACCAGUGCGUGGAGGCCGGCAUGGACCGUUGCAUGAUGGUGCAUUACGAGCAGCUUGUCCUGCACCCUGAGCUCUGGCUGAGGACGCUGCUCAAGUUCCUCCGCAUCUCGUGGCACCCAGCCGUCUUGCACCACGAAGAGAUGAUCGGAAAAGCCGGUGGGGUCUCCCUGUCCAAAGUCGAGCGGUCUACGGACCAGGUCGUCAAGCCGGUCAACGUGGAGGCCUUGUCGAAGUGGGUCGGGAAGAUCCCCGCGGACGUCCUGCGUGACCUGCCCGCGAUCGCGCCGAUGCUGGCCAAGCUUGGCUACGACCCCUUUGCUAACCCGCCCAACUAUGGGAAGCCCGAUCAGAAGGUCCUGGAGAACACGAGGAGGAUCCAUCAAGGUGAAUUUCAGCUUCCAGAGUUCCUUAAAGGAAUGCCACAGACUGACGUGGUGAAAUAGAAGAGCGGAUUGGACUGAGUGAAUGCUGGCUGCCUCUGAAGAAUGCACCAGGGCAGAAUCAGCGGCGAACUGGCUGGGCUGCUUUUCCAGAACAUUCUUCUGCUUCAUACUGCUUUUUUAAAAAAUGCAAAGAUUUUGUUCUGUUUUGCUUCCCUGUGUGUCCAACCAAGCACAUGCGUAUCUCUGUGCCAGGGCUUCAAACAGACAGAGCAGCCCUGCUGAAACACCAGAGCCAUGUCGGGUGAUCCCACGAUCAAGGCAUUAAAGCAGGGACGGCCUGGGUGGAAAUCAGUCCUCUCCACCCACCCAUCUGCAGGAGGAAUUCCAAAUGCAUCAGUGACGCAUACCUCCUCCCCCUUCGAUGUCCCUGAAGUUGCCCAGGGAGCGGGAAAUGUCCUCGGUGGAAUGCGCCCAAAGCACUCUUCGAGACAAAAUGCUUAGCUUGGUGGCCGGAAAUCCUGAGCUGUUCCUUUCUCCUUCCAUUUACCCAACUGUUUUUAAAACCUGCAGAAGCAGAUGGAACCUAUCAUCCCGCCUCUAUUUCUUUCUCCUCUGUUCUUGCACUUUAUUUUUUUUAAGGGGGAUUCAGAAAGUGUGUCCUUCAUUAUAGAAUGUGGGCUGUUAAAUAUGUGCAACGUGGCAAAAGCGUGUCUGUGCGUGCCCGAAGGGGUUGAUCCUUGGCCCUCUGAUCUGACGUGCGAGCAGCAGGGCUGUGACCACGUGGACCUGUGCGCCUUGCAGCAGGUUGGUGGUUCUGACUCGAGGAGGAUUUGAGAAGGGGGCCUAGGUGUCAUCUCCGUGCCCCCCUUGAGGAAGAAUGUGGGCACGGCCCAGGCCCAGCAAGGUGUUCUUUGGGGUGUGUUUUUCUUAAUCUAGUACAUCAACUUUUCCACUUAUGAGCCAGGCAGCGGGGUUGUGUGUGUGUGUGUGUGUGUGUGUGUGUGUGUGUGUGUGUGUAUUGCUUUUCCUUGAUUAGGGUGAUUACUGUGUUUUAAAUUGUGACAAAUGAUUUAUAUGCCGGUUCUCUCCCCCAUUUUAUUGACAUGUGAAAAUGAAUUUUUAAUUAUUUAAAAAGAUGAUUUCAGAGAUGUGGAAGAAGAAAUUGUAUGUUUACACUCAACCUUUUGUAUUUUAUUUUUCAAAAUAAAUGCUUUAAAUGUG